UAACUGCUAGCAGCUCCAGUCUCUUUCCCUUCGCCCGCCCCGGGCUCUUCGUCGUCGGCGGCUCCCUCGUCCUCCGCGCCGGCGAGCGAUGCCCGAGUUCCUCUCCGACCCCUCGGUGCUGACCAAAGAGAAGCUGAAGAGCGAGCUCAUCGCCAACAAUGUCAGCUUGCCCGGCGGCGAGCAGCGCAAGGACGUCUAUGUGCAGCUCUACCUCCAGCACCUCACCGCCCGAAACGCCCCCGCUGCCGCCCAGCUAGACUUCUCCAGCGACGAGGAGCGGGAGCGCACACCGCUCGCAGCCCCCAGGAGCAGAGGAGGAGGAGGAGCCACCGUCGGGCGGAAAGUAACAAAGAAAACAGACAAACCAAGACCAGAAGAGCAGGAUGAUAUAGAUGUAACUGAACUCAGUAAUGAAGAACUCAAAGAUCAGCUUAUGAAAUAUGGUGUGAAUCCAGGUCCUAUUGUUGCUACUACAAGGAAACUCUAUGAGAAGAAGUUACUGAAGUUAAAAGAACCAGGCCAAGAUAUAAGUUCUUUUGUACCCACUCCAACAGUUUCUUCCACUGCAGAAAACAGCAAGCAGAAUGGAAAUGAAGACUCUGAUCAAUACAGUGACAAUGAAGAAGAUCCUAAAACAGAAUUCAAACUUGAGAAGCGAGAACCACUGAAGGGUAAAACAAAGGCUUCAGUAACACUGAAACAGAGAAGAACUGCUGAGCAUAACCAGAAUUAUUCUCAGGAUGGAGUGACUGAGACAUUCUGGAGAAGUGGAUCUUCCAAAGGUGGAUUUCUGCAGGCAGUUUCUAGGGAAUCUGCAAGAGUAUCCAGAAGAACACCAAGAAAAAGGGUUGAAACUACAGUACCGUUGCCUGUACAUGAUGCAGUAAUAUCAGAGAGUACUCCCAUAGCUGAUACUGUAAUGGCUUCAAGCAACAAGACCCUACAGGUUGUCAGUAGGGUACCUGGAAUUGUCAAGCAUCCAGAUCCUAUACUGUCAGUCAGUGACUACUCAGAAUUUCCCAGAAGACCAUCAAAGAAACCAUUGAUGACAGCUGAAGUGACAGAGAAAACCUCUACAGAAGAAAAAAGAGUAGAAAGGGAUAUUCUUAAAGAAAUGUUCCCAUAUGAAGCAUCCACACCUACAGGAAUCAGUGCUAGCUGCCGCAGACCAAUCAAAGGAGCUGCUGGUCGACCUAUAGAGCAUGGUGAUUUCCGUCUGGAUGAAACAUAUUCAUCAAAAUACAUCCCCAAAUGCGUUUCGUCAGUUUCAUCGGAUGUCAAACGAGAGAAUCCAACAAUUAAAAAACGCUUCAUUCCUUUGUGGAUAAAAAUCCUGCUCUUCGUUGUUGUUGCAGUCUUCUUGUUUUUCGUCUAUCAGUCUAUGGAAACCAAUCAAGGAAACCCAUUCUCCCAGUUCCUUAACAAUCCACAGCAAAAGACAGAUUGAGUGGCUUUUUUGUUUGUUUUUUGAUAUGGCAUCUACAAUGUGGUCUCUUGUUUCUAACUUAGAAAUAUCUUCAUUCUUCAUCUGUUCAGAGACUGCAUACAGAUAAUAACAACACAAGAAUAUGAAAAGUAAAAUAAGACAGUAAGUGGCAUCACUAAUGUUUUUCAGAAUUAGGAGAUCACUUUCUGCCAUAAGUAAUAUUUUUAGACUUCUUUGGAACUUCUUGUAGGAUUUAUUUUUUUAAUGUGGACAUCAUUAUAUUCAUUUGAGAUUGUAUAUUUGUUUUUGCAACCUGGAAGCUCUCAAAAGGGGCAAAGUGAUAGUAAAAUGUGAAGAUGUGUUUCAAUGUUUUUACUUCAUACUGAAAAGAUGCUGUACUGAAAUUUUCUCUACUUUGCCUAUUGUUCCUAGGGGUGGGAAGAGCUAAGAUAAUAAAGGGAAAUGCAUUUGUAUGCAUUUUACUGAAACUGUGCAGCUAUAUUUAGUGUAUUGUAGUUUUAAUGGGAAACCCAGCAUUUUUUUCUGUAGGAUGCUGUAACAAUAAAUAAAAUUGUAAACUUAUUGUA